AACAAGUGCCUGCCUGUGACUGGGCGGGCAGUUGACUUGACUCACAAAGGUCGGGUCACAAUAAUAAACUAAACUGCAGUAGAAGUUGGAGUCGAAGAAGUCCCGCUCACCAACUGCGAAAUUCCACUGCUCUCGAUCCACACACCAGACCUCCUCAAUUGUUUGGACCAGUCGCCAGCACGACGUCUAAGCUUCUGUCCAGAGCGCUCUGGGUGCGCAGGUCGCCAAACAGAUUUACAUUCAAUUAUCCUCUUGCCAGAAUGGCCACCAACGCUGCGUCUCACAACCCGAUCGGUGAGGAGACCGGUCCUGUUUCUGGAAAGCCUCUGCCCGUAUCCAGCAAGACCAAAGCUGCUCUCGCAGAUGCAACAAAUUCCAGCCCUAUUGGCACUCAUGUCGCAGGCCAAGAUGCGGGCAGCAAAGUUGGGAUGGCGGAGGCUGGGACUAAAGUGAAGAGCGAAAAAGAGCUUGAGCGGGAGCGAAAGAAGGCCGAAAAGCAGGCGAAAUUUGACCAGAAGAAAGCCAAAGCUGCAACUGCGGCGCCAACUACCAGCAAGACAAAGGAGAAGAAGGCCAAUGCAAGCAAGAAGGCGGACGAGGGCGUGCUGCCUCCAUAUAUCGAAGACACCCCAUUCGGCGAGAAGAAGAUCAUCAAAUCAUUUGAUGAUCCACAGUACAAAGCAUACAACCCCACGGCUGUCGAGUCAGCGUGGUACUCGUGGUGGGAGAAGGAAGGAUUUUUCAAGCCUGAGUUCACAGCCGAUGGCAAAGUCAAGCCGGAAGGUUCGUUUGUUAUCGUCGAGCCACCCCCAAACGUCACUGGUGCUCUCCAUAUGGGACAUGCGCUCGGAAAUGCCCUCCAGGAUGUCAUGAUCCGCUUCAACCGAAUGCAUGGUAAGACAACAUUGUGGCUACCUGGCUGUGAUCACGCUGGUAUUUCCACACAGAAUGUUGUUGAGAAUAUGUUGUGGCGCCGUGAAGGCAAGACUCGUCACGAUCUGGGCAGACCGAAAUUUGUGGAGACUGUUUGGGACUGGAAGACUGAGUACCACCAGAAGAUCAAUACCGUUCUCCGUAGAAUGGGUGGUUCGAUGGACUGGACUCGAGAAGCAUUCACCAUGAACGAGAAUUUCUCAGCUGCUGUUACAGAGACAUUUGUCAGUCUUCAUGAGGAAGGCAUUAUUUACAGGGAGAAUCGACUCGUAAAUUGGUGUACGAAGCUCAACACCUCUCUUUCCAAUCUAGAAGUCAGCAAUAAGGAGCUCACUGGGCGGACCUUGCUUGACGUUCCCGGCUACGAUAAGAAGGUCGAAUUCGGUAUCAUCGUCCAUUUCAAAUAUGAAAUUGAAGGUACAGAUGAAAAGAUUGAAGUAGCAACAACUCGUCCAGAAACCAUGCUUGGAGAUACCGGUGUUGCCGUACACCCCGAUGACGAACGAUACAAACAUCUUGUUGGCAAGAACGCCAUUCAUCCUUUCAUUCCAGGUCGGAAAAUGCCCAUUGUUGCUGAUUCUUAUGUCGAGAAGGACUUUGGUACAGGUGCCGUCAAGAUUACCCCUGCGCAUGAUCCAAACGAUUUUGCGCUAGGUACCCGUCAUAAUCUAGAGCGCAUCAAUAUUCUUACUGAUGAUGGAUUCAUGAAUGAGAACGCUGGGCCUUAUGUUGGACAGAAGCGAUUUGAUGUUCGAUAUACCAUCCAGGAGGAUCUGAAGAAAGCUGGCUUGUAUGUGGACAAGAAGGACAACGCCAUGACUGUUCCACUCUGCGAAAAGUCGAAGGAUGUUAUCGAGCCACUUCUUAAGCCACAAUGGUGGAUGAAGAUGACAGAUAUGGCAGCUGCAGCUCUCGAGGUUGUGAAGUCGGGUGAGAUCAAGAUUCUGCCAGAAACAGCCGAGAAGAGCUAUAUUCGCUGGAUGACAGAUGUGAAUGACUGGUGCUUGUCGAGACAGUUGUGGUGGGGACACCAAGCACCGAUGUACUUUGCACAGAUAGAGGGCGAGGAGCACGAUGAAGCAAACGGCAGUCUUUGGUUCGCAGGGCGUACGGAGGAAGAAGCUCAAGCUAAGGCAAACAAAGCCCUUCCUGGAAAGAAGUUCACCUUGAAGAGAGACGAGGAUGUUCUAGACACAUGGUUUUCGUCUGGAUUGUGGCCUUUCGCUACUAUGGGCUGGCCAAACAAGACGCACGAUCUGGAAACUCUUUUCCCAACAUCAGUUCUGGAGACUGGAUGGGACAUUUUGUUCUUCUGGAUCGCCCGUAUGAUUAUGUUCAGUCUCAAACUCACAGGCAAGGUCCCUUUUACGGAAGUCUACUGCCACUCUCUUGUGCGUGACUCGGAGGGCAGAAAGAUGUCAAAAUCUCUAGGCAAUGUCAUUGAUCCCCAGGAUUUCAUUGAGGGUUGCUCGUUAGAGAACUUGCAUAAGAAGCUCUUGAGCGGCAAUCUCGCGCCGAAUGAGGUAGAGAGAGCCACAAAGUACCAGAAGACUGCUUUCCCUGAUGGAAUUCCACAGUGCGGAACAGAUGCUUUGCGAUUCGCACUUGUAUCAUACUCCACCGGGUCCGGUGAUAUUCUUUUCGAUGUCAAGGUUAUCCAUGCCUACCGCAAGUUCUGCAACAAGAUUUACCAAGCGACUAAGUUCGUACUGGGCAAAUUACCUGCAGAAUUUGUCCCCAACAAGACCGCAAAGCUGACAGGCAAGGAGUCUCUUGCUGAGCUUUGGAUUCUGCACAAGAUGACUAUCGCCGCAAGGGACAUCAAUGUCGCGAUUAACGACCGAGAAUUCCAGAAAUCUACCUCUGUUGUCUACCAGUUCUGGUACAAUCAUCUUUGCGAUGUUUAUAUUGAGAACUCAAAGGCCAUUCUCCAGGACGGUAGCGAGGAAGAGAAGCUUUCAGCCCUCAAUACUCUGUACACAACUCUCGAGAGUGCACUGACUAUGAUACAUCCAUUCAUGCCAUUUUUGACGGAGGAAUUGUGGCAACGCCUUCCCCGCCGCCCAGAGGACAAGACUCCCAGUAUCGGUUUGGCAAGAUACCCUGUCUAUGACGAAUCGCUGGACCGUCCUGAUUCCGAAGCCGCCUACGAGCUUGUUCUCGACAUAUCCCGCGGUGUUCGUUCCCUGAUGGCCGAGUACUCGCUCAAAGAUGAAGCUAAAGUCUACAUCCAAUCGAAUGAUACCACCUCACAUAGCACCAUAACCGCGCAAAUUCAAUCCAUCAAAUCACUCUCCGGCAAAGGUGUUUCGUCCAUCGACGUCCUUUCAACUACCGACUCCCGCCCUGCGGGCUGUGUCGUCUUCUCUGUAUCUUCCACUACAGCCGUGUUCCUCCACGUCAAGGGCCGCGUCGACAUCGACGGCGAGAUCGCCAAGGCUGCGAAAAAGCUCGACAAGACAAAGGUCGGUAUCGAGAAGCAGAAGAAGAUCUUGAACGAUGAGGGUUACAAGGAGAAGGUUAGCAAGGAGUUGCAGGAUAUUGAGUUGAAGAAGUUGGCAGAUCUUGAGACGGAAGCCAAGGCUUUCGAGGAGACUAUCAAGCAAUUUGAAGUGCUGAAGAUGGAAUAGAUGCUCUCAUUGGCGAAACACCCUAGAAAUUCUCUGGAUUUGCUGAUGGUCUUGUACAUGUCUAAACAAGACAUGGAUGAAGUUGCUCGAUAAAAUAAGAAAAAGUCUCUCUGAAUGUGUUGGAUACUUUACACGAUGAUGCUGAUGACAUCGCAGAGUGCCUGUGUAUAAGUUAGACGAGAGGGUAAAAGUAUCACAGCAGUGCAGAACUCUUGAAAAUUUCGUGUUGAAUUAUAGAACAGUUCAUAUCAUGCAUUUCGAGGUCUUGAAGUCUAUACUCCUGUCUCAAAUAAGAAUGUCUCAUACGCUAACCAUCCAAAUACACCCAUCCGAACUCCAUGAACCAGAUAAUAGUCUAAACCCCGAUUCUUGACCCGUUUAAUCUUUCGAAAGCCUCUGCCUCCUAGGCUCCUCUUCGAUGUCCCCACUUGCGAACACAUCCUCAUCAUCCGUAAAAUCAUCACGAUAUGCACCAUCUCUCUCUCCGUCGUUUUCCCACAGGCUAAUAUCAUCGUCUCCCAUCAACGCAACAGCAUCUGUAUCUUCCAUCCCAUCCAGAUCGCUGUAACCCCGUUGGCUAUUCCCCACAACCAAUGCUCGUUCUGCAGUCCCAGCUUCUAAAGCCUCGAUUUCCAAUUCUUUCGCUCUAGCCAUCGUUCUUUGAUAGAUUAUAAAUCCUACUGUGGCACCAAGAAUAGCACCAAAUGCUAUACUGGCAUAAUUUAUAGCCUUUGUCUUUCCGUCCAUCUUGCCGCCAUUCUCGGCAAUGCUCGCUAAUCUGCUACCGAUAAAUACAUGGAUAAGAAGUUUGGGACUCGUAAUUGCCGUCGCGAGAGCGAACGAUAGCGGAUGGACUGUUGGAAACGUCGAGAUCGCCGCAUUGGACAAGCUGUAUGGUAAAGGACAUAGCCUAAUCAUGCAGAGGAUCUUUAUCCCAUCAUGUUUCAGCGUGAGAGCCAGAGCCUCAAACCGCUUAUCCUGCCCUACCAACUUAUUCACGUAUUUCGACAAUACGGUCCUUGAAGCCAGGAAAGCAGCCGUGGAUCCAGCAACUGUAGCUGACGCAACAAUGAACCAGCCAUUCGGAAACCCAUAUACAAAGCCCGCUAUCGUGAUGGUUGUGCUGUAGCCUAUCAAAGGCGGAAAGGAGCUGGUAAACGUCAAGAGCCAGAGUAUCGUCCACCCUCCACGCACGUUAUGCCACUUCUUAGCAGCAGGGGCGAGGUAUCCAAAGAUUCGCUCAUUGUAGAUCAUGAAGAGGACGAGACCGACAUUGAUGACGAGCAGUGCUGUCCCUGCGGCGACCCGCUGGGCUACUGACAGCGCGAGAAAAGUCUUGAUGACUUUACGCUGGACUUUGGAGGCGGAGGAGAGGAUCUUGGUUUGGUAGGACUGGUUCUGGUUGCUUCGGAGAGAGUAUGGGGAGGAGUGCGCACGGUGGCGCCCAGUGGAGAGACGGCGCGACCAUGGCGGGCGGAUGUUCUGUCUUUCCGGUGAAGGCGACCCGAUUGGGGAUAUGGGGAGGGCGAGAGCUUUCGCCGUACUGCUGUAAUCGGCGGGCAUGGUGAUGGUUGUUGAGGAAGCGGAUGUGGAGGGGUUUAGUGGGCUGUAGAGGGUGGAAUGAACUUUUGGGUGCAGGCAGUGACUCAAUAUCACAUCUGGGGAAUCAUCGAAAUUGUGAACAGAGCCGGAGUUGAGGGAAUCGUGGGUGCUGGUGUUGGUGUUUAUGGUUUGAAGUGAGGAGUGAGAAGUAAGAAGUGGUGGGUGGAUCUGAGGCUAUGCUUGAAACAAACUGUCCCUUGGAGAGAGAAGUUACAAAACACAAGCAAGGGCUUUGGGGGAGCAGUAUGUCUUUCCUGUGAAAUAAAGAGAGAUGUUCCUGCAAAAUAACUGUCAAAAGAGAGGUGCGACAGGAUAUCUCUCCAAGAUUAAUCUACGAGCCUGUACGGAGUACAUUGUCCCAAGCUUAGGUGACGUAAAGAGAGCCAUCUCCAGCUAAGUACGGAGGUAUCACAGCGGCGGUUAUUAUACGAAACUCCGACCUUCCACAUGACUUUGGUAGCUUUCAUCGAAGUCAAUUUCUAAAGUAAUAAAGGACAAGGGCUUCCACUAGACAAGUGAUCUAUUUUCCGACACCUUUGUACACAAGAUUGUACAUCGUUCUGGAGAUAAAGGUAUCCAGAAGGGAAGGCCUUUGCUCGCGCUGCCAUGUUCAGGCCAGAACCACCUGCAACGACCAGAGCAGGCGUGGAGCGGCCCUUUAAAUAUAAUCCUCAGUCCAGAGUCCAGUCCAGCCUCACCUAAUCCCGCCUUGUACCCCUUCUAGUAUAAUAUUCAUUUACCCGCACCGCACCGCACCGCACCGCACCGCUAUGCAGCACACCCGCCGUCGCUCCCCAUGAUAUCUACAGACCGUUUUGCGUCGACGAUGUAAGAGCCAGGUGCCAUUUCGUUGUCGCCCUGCUCUGCUCUUGCUCUCUGUCUAUCAUCUGCGCGGUCUCACCUAUCUGCCUGCCCCGUUGCACUUCAGCGCGCUCCUUCCUCAGCCCGACCCUCGCGCACCACUCCGCCUCCCCUUCUUCCUACCUCUAGGUGUCCUUCGUCGCCCGCCCGGCCUUCUUCUACAUUUGAGCAAUUUACCCAACAUUCGAUCCCCCCAUCGCAGAUCGUCCAUACAAACGCCGAGAUGGUGUCCGACGAGACGUACGAGCUUUGCCUACCCGUACUCCAGGACGCGAGCCUUGAGGAUGAAGAGAAGACCGACAAGCUGGAAGAAUUCCUGAAGAAGGAAACCACCUUGGUUGGCAGAUCUCUAGAAAACGCGGUCCUGGACGUGUUGUGGCGAUAUCGAGAAUCCUCGACCAACCCUAGUUCACCCCCGCCGAUGCGACACACUGUUUUACGGCGCGCAGCAUCUCCAGCUCCAUGG